CUCUCGCUUCCGCCCCCAUAAAUACUCUCCACAAUCUUCUAAACCCUAACUUCCUUUGACCUUCCACAAACUUACAGAUUAAGGAGCAAAGUUAUGGUUUCCGAAACUCAGUCCAACACCAACACCUCAGAAGCUAUUAAAUUUCUUUGCAGUUAUGGAGGCAAUAUUAUCCCCCGUUCUACCGAUGGCAAGCUCCGUUACGUCGGCGGCAUUACAAGAGUUCUCUCUGUUGAUCGUUCUAUUUCGUUUACAGAGCUGAUAGUGAAACUCGAUGAAUUUUGUGGGUAUUUGGUAACGUUGAGGUGUCAGUUACCGAACGGCGAUUUAGAUACUUUAAUAUCGAUAAAAUCGGAUGAGGAUUUAACGAAUAUAAUCGCCGUGUACGAUGAAGCGGCGUUGGUGUCUAAAUCCUCACCGUCUAAAAUCCGUGCAAUCCUUUCAACUGCAAAGUCGAACAAGCAAAUCUCUCCUCCGUCUAAUAUUUCCAGCGACAAUCUGUCGUAUUCAAAAUCGUCCGGUUCAUGUUCUCCGGUGAAUGCCAGAUUAUAUUGCCGGAGUUUCUCUCCGACACCGUUGAUGGGAUGUUCCGUCAGAGGAUGCUAUUGUUACAGUUGCUACCUGAAGCAGUAUCCUAGGGUUUUCUUUAACGCUUCUUUUCCUAAUUGCACGCGUUAAACUUGAAAAGGGAGAAUUACAGAGCCCCUCAGUCGGACGCUUAUACUGUAAAAAGGCGUACAUACGAUACAGAUGAUGGCGACUCAGUAGAACUAUAGUACUUACGAAAAAAAUACAUUUUACAAGGAAGUUGAAUAGUGGAAUUUU